GCUGCCGCCGCGCUGCCGGGAGGGGCGGCCGCCCCGCGCCCCCCGCUCCGCGAUGCCGCUUUUCGCCACCAACCCCUUCGACCAGGAUGUGGAGAAAGCAACCAGCGAGAUGAACACUGCAGAGGACUGGGGCCUCAUCUUAGACAUCUGUGAUAAAGUUGGACAGUCACGUACAGGGCCUAAAGACUGCCUUCGCUCUAUUAUGAAGAGAGUGAACCAUAAAGAUCCACAUGUCGCUAUGCAAGCGUUAACACUUCUAGGAGCAUGUGUAUCAAACUGUGGCAAAAUCUUUCAUUUAGAAGUCUGUUCAAGAGAUUUUGCCAGUGAAGUAAGCAAUGUGUUGAAUAAGGGUCAUCCAAAAGUUUGUGAAAAGCUGAAAGCCCUUAUGGUGGAAUGGACUGAUGAAUUCAAGAACGACCCACAGCUUAGUUUAAUAUCUGCUAUGAUAAAAAAUCUUAAGGAGCAAGGAGUUACUUUCCCAGCUAUUGGUUCACAGGCUGCUGAACAGGCAAAAGCAAGUCCAGCUCUAGUUGCCAAGGAUCCUAGUACAGUAGCCACCAAAAAGGAAGAGGAGGAUUUAGCUAAAGCUAUUGAGCUGUCACUAAAAGAACAAAGGCAACAGCAAACAACGCUUUCCAGUUUGUAUCCAAGCACCUCAAGCCUUUUAACAAACCACAAACACGAGGGCCGAAAGGUUCGUGCAAUCUAUGAUUUUGAGGCUGCUGAAGAUAAUGAACUAACUUUUAAAGCUGGAGAACUUAUAACUAUCCUUGAUGAUAGUGAUCCAAAUUGGUGGAAAGGUGAAACUCAUCAGGGUAUAGGAUUGUUCCCAUCUAAUUUUGUAACUGCUGAUCUUUCUGCUGAGCCUGAAAUGAUGAAAGCUGAGAAGAAAACAGUGCAGUUCAGUGAUGAAGUUCAAGUAGAGACAAUAGAACCUGAGCCAGAACCAGUUUAUAUUGAUGAAGAUAAAAUGGACCAACUCUUGCAGAUGUUACAAAGUGCUGAUCCAUCUGAUGACCAGCCAGACCUCCCAGAAUUGCUUCAUCUCGAGGCAAUGUGCCACCAGAUGGGGCCUCUCAUAGAUGAAAAAUUGGAAGAUAUAGACAGGAAACAUUCAGAACUUUCAGAGCUCAAUGUUAAAGCAAUGGAGGCUCUUUCUUUGUAUAAUAAAUUGAUGAAUGAGGACCCAAUGUAUUCCAUGUAUGCCAAACUACAAAACCAGCAGUACUACAUGCAGUCAUCUGGUGUUUCUGGCUCUCAGGUUUAUCCGGGGCAAACUCAAGGUAAUGCGUAUUUGGUGGCAGGGAGUGCACAGAUGGGCCACAUUCAAGGUUACAAUCUUCCUCCAGAACAGCUCCCUUCUCUCAGCCAAGGCACAGUUACUCCAUCUGCCAGCUCAGUAAUUCCUGGUCAGCCUGCACAGACAUCUUACACAAAUGCAAUGGUUGGCUCUGUUGCUGGAAGUACCUACUCUAACCAGCCUUCAGUUUAUAGUCCACCACCUGGUACUGUUGAUGUUGCUGCUUAUCAGAAUGCUGGAACUAAUAUGUCCCAGGUGCCAAACUAUAACUUAGCACCUACAGCUCUGCCACAGACAGCAGGUAGUCAGCAAGCACCUCCACAACAACCACAGCCUCCACCACCUCAACAACCACAGCAUAGUUACUCACAGAAGGCUCUGCUAUAGGAUCCAGAACUUUUGAUUCCUAAUCUUUAACUUCUGCUAAAAGCGGUUGGCGAUUUUAUGAGUUUCUUCAUUUAAUCUCUUACACCUUGUUUAUCCUCAGCUUAAUAAGAUCUCUCUUGGUGAACAAGUUCAAUUUGCACUGACUUUUUAGGAUUUUUUUUUUUUUUUUAUUUUGCGGAGGAACUGAUAUAUUUAGGAAAUUUAAUUCCUUUUAAAAUGCCUAAAACUUGGUACAAGAUUAUUUAUGUAUGGUUAAAUUGGCUAGUUUGUGAAAACUCAACCAUUGCAAACUGUUGUGGCAUAUAUGUUAUGUACAUAUAGUGUGUGAUUGCAGUAGUGCCCAUUUCGUAUAACUAUGGUGGUCAUGUGAAUAUAUUUAACACAAUGUUUAAAGAUAAUUUGCUUUACUAUGUUAUUUUAAUCAUGAACUGACAACCAUAUUUCAUAAUUUUGUCUAGUUUUAAGACAGAUGCAAUGUCUUUUUCCAGUGCAGGAAAAACAGUAAUUCUGCAAUCAUGGUUACAAUUACAAGCUAAGGUCUAUAUAUGAAUUUACAAACUUAGAUAUGUUUCACUACUUCUUGAAUUGAACACAAGUGUAUCAUGAUUAGAUAGCUUAUCUACCAAAGUAAACUUGUUAACUUGUAAAUGAUUUGGGGGGAUAACACCAAAUUAUGAUUCUGCUUCGUACAUAAUUACUAACUUAAAACUACUAUUCAGAGGCUGCUAAACGUAUAAUGGGACCAUGAAACAGAUCAGGAUUUUGCAUUUUAUCAUGAGAAGCAUGUAAUUUAUUUUUCCAAGUUUCUUUUUAAAAUGAGAACCAGAACUGUAUUCUAUGUGUGUUGGUAGAGAUUACACCAAAGAAAGACAGAGGAAUUGAUUUGAAAGACAAAAAAUGGAGUUUUAAACUGGAACACACACUAAUUACACUAUUUUAUUCAAGUCUUCUUAAUCAGAACAUGGAGAAUUAUGGACAUGUAAAUCACUUUGCUGAACAAACCUUCAGGGCUUCAUUUUAACUCUUGUGGCCUUGCUUAGCAAUUUGUUCUGUUUACUAUUGUAACACAAACACUUCUGCCUUAAAUGUCUGUUUCAAUUUCCAAUUGUACCAUUUGAGUUCAUUAGCCCUUCUAUAGUUUGAAUAGUUUGAGACAUCUCAACUAAACACACUUUUAGGUUACUUUAAAUUCUCUUCUGCAGCAACAUGCAUUAGGCUGAUAUAAUUCCUUGGCUCAGUAACUUAGCCACAUGGCUUUGUAAAGCAUGGUAUUUUCUUUCUGUGGAUGAGGUGCUGCAAAAGAAACAUGGUAAUAGAAGGCAGCAUUUCAGGUGUGCUUGGGCAGAGUUUCUUGUACAAAGGCUGCUGUUACUUUGCGUUUUUAUUCCAUCUAGUAAUACGUCCUGGUUUUGUCUUUUCCAGCAACUAAUUCCACUACAGCAAUACUAGAUGGCUUCAACAUCAGGUCUGUUUUUAGUCCUGUGUGUAUGUCAGAAGUUGUUUUUGUGUACGAUA